AUGGAUCUUGAUAAUCGUAUAAAGGCUUACAAAUUUGUCUCCUAUGCUGCGGUAACAUUUUCUACAGUUGCUGUACUAUCAGUAUGCGUAACGCUACCAAUGGUUUACAAUUAUGUGUAUCACGUUCGACAACAAAUGCGAUCCGAAAUUAAUUACUGCAAGGGGUCAGCGAAAGAUAUCUGGAUGGAAGUGGGUCAUUUGAAGCAAAUGCCGAUUAAUAGAAACCGUACUGCUAGGCAAGCAGGGUACGGUGCAAAUGCCGGUGUAGAUGCUGGUGAAGGAGCCACUCAGGUUACUUCUGGUUGCGAUAGUUGCUGCUUACCGGGUCCACCAGGUCCAAAAGGAGCACCAGGUAGACCAGGAAAACCGGGAAGGCCCGGUGCACCAGGAAUGCCAGGAAAUCCAGGAAGGCCGCCAAGCCAACCAUGUGAACCAGUCACACCACCACCGUGUCAACCAUGUCCACCCGGCCCGCCAGGACCACCUGGACCACCAGGGCCACCUGGGGAUGCAGGACCGGAUGGAGCACCAGGUCAAGCGGGUGGAGCUGGAGCACCCGGCCCAGCUGGACCAAAAGGACCACCAGGACCACCAGGAGAACCUGGACCACAAGGACCGCCUGGUCCACCGGGAGAGGACGCACCAAACGAAGGCGUCGUUCCAGGAGAACCUGGACCACCAGGUGACAUGGGACCACCUGGACCACCAGGUCCACCGGGACAGCCAGGUGCUGAUGGACCACCGGGACCGGCGGGACCGAAAGGACCACCCGGCCCACCAGGACAGCCAGGUGCCGAUGGUCAACCUGGAGUGCCAGGAGAACCGGGGCCACCUGGUGCUCCUGGAGAAAAGGGCAUAUGCCCGAAAUAUUGCGCCAUCGACGGCGGUGUCUUCUUCGAGGAUGGUACUCGACGAUAA